AUGGAUUGCAAACCCUUAACAUUUUUUCUUUUCCUCUUCUUUAUUUCUCUCACAGAGUCUACUAUCUAUCCGUCCAAUGAAGUUAAUCUGUUGGAUUCCAAAGCAAGCCAAGGGGAGCUGGGGUGGAUAUCAUCUCCAUCACAUGGGUGGGAGGAGAUCAGUGGAGUGGAUGAACACUACACGCCCAUCCGGACUUUCCAGGUGUGUAACAUCAUGGAGUACAGCCAGAACAACUGGCUUAGGACCAACUGGAUCCCACGCAAGUCUGCCCAGAAAAUCUAUGUGGAGCUCAAGUUCACCCUGAGAGACUGCAACAGUAUACCCUUGGUUUUGGGGACCUGCAAGGAGACGUUCAACUUGCACUACUUGGAGACGGACGAGGACCAAGGUGCCAAGUUCAGAGAGCACCAGUUCUCCAAGAUUGACACCAUCGCGGCCGACGAGAGCUUCACUCAGUCAGACCUGGGCGAUCGCAUUCUUAAAUUAAACACGGAGGUGCGAGAGGUGGGGCCCAUUACCAAGAAGGGCUUUUACUUGGCCUUUCAGGACGUGGGGGCUUGUGUGGCUCUCGUGUCGGUGCGAGUGUACUUUAAAAAAUGCCCCUUCAUGGUGAAAAACCUGGCCAUGUUUCCCGACACAGUGCCCAUGGACUCACAGUCACUGGUGGAGGUGAGAGGCUCCUGUGUCAAUAACUCGAAAGAGGAGGAGCCACCUAAAAUGUAUUGCAGUACAGAGGGAGAGUGGUUGGUGCCCAUUGGGAAAUGCCUUUGCAACAUAGGCUAUGAGGAACGUGAAGUCAGUUGCCAAGCCUGCCGGCCUGGUUUCUAUAAGGCCUCCUCUGGGAAUCUGGCCUGCUCCAAGUGUCCUCCACACAGCUACGCACACCAGGAGGGCUCCGUGCACUGCGACUGUGAGAAGAACUAUUUCCGUGCAGAAGGGGACCCUGCCUCUAUGGCUUGUACUCGGCCUCCCUCUGCUCCAGGGAACGUGAUCUCGGUCAUUAACGAGACGUCAGUGAUCCUGGACUGGAGCUGGCCCGCGGACACGGGUGGCAGGAAGGAUGUGACAUUUAAUGUGGUGUGCAAGCGCUGCUGGCCGGGGCCCAGGCAGUGCGAACCCUGUCGGGGAGCCGUGCGCUUCCUGCCCCGUGCUUCUGGCCUCACCAACACCACGGUAACCGUCGCAGACCUGCUGGCCCACACCAAUUACACGUUUGAGAUUGAAGCACAGAACGGCGUGUCCUCUCUGGCCCCAGCCCUUCGCCAAUUCGCAGCUGUCACAAUAACGACCAACCAAGCAGCACCAUCUCAGGUCACGGUUAUCAGGAAGGACAGAACAUCCCGAAACAGCAUCUCACUGUCCUGGCUGGAGCCAGAAAGACCCAAUGGAAUAAUUUUGGACUAUGAGGUCAAGUACUAUGAGAAGCAGGAACAAGAGACCAGCUACACCAUCCUGAGGUCCAAAGGCACCAACGUGACACUGAGCGGGCUGAAACCAGACACCACCUAUCUGCUGCAGAUAAGAGCGCGCACGGCCGCUGGCUAUGGCAGCAGCAGCCGCAAAUUUGAGUUUGAGACCAGCCCAGACUCUUUCUCCAUCUCCAGCGAGAACAGUCAGGUGGUGCUGAUAGCCAUCUCCUCCGCCGUGGCUAUCAUCCUCCUCACCGUGCUUCUCUACGUCGUGAUUGGCAGGUUCUGCGGUUCGAGCAAAUCCAAACAUCCAGAUGAGAAAAGGCUUCAUUUUGGCAACGGUCACUUGCGACUCCCAGGCAUAAGGACCUAUGUGGAUCCACACACUUAUGAGGACCCUAGCCAGGCUGUGCAUGAAUUUGCUAAGGAGCUGGAUGCGUCUUGCAUAGCCAUUGAUAAAGUGGUUGGUGCAGGAGAGUUUGGGGAGGUGUGCAGUGGACGCUUAAGGUUGCCCUCUAAGAAGGAAAUUUGUGUGGCCAUCAAAACUCUGAAAACAGGAUACACGGAGAAGCAGAGGCGGGACUUCCUGAGUGAGGCGAGCAUCAUGGGACAGUUUGACCAUCCCAACAUUAUCAGACUGGAGGGCGUGGUCACUCGUAGUAAGCCAGUGAUGAUUGUGACAGAGUACAUGGAGAACGGUUCUUUGGACAGCUUCCUGCGAAAACAUGAUGCCCAGUUCACUGUGAUCCAGCUGGUCGGCAUGCUGCGUGGUAUCGCCUCAGGAAUGAAGUAUCUCUCAGACAUGGGCUACGUGCACAGAGACCUGGCUGCACGCAACAUCCUGGUCAACAGCAACCUCGUGUGUAAAGUGUCAGACUUUGGCUUAUCCAGAGUGCUGGAGGAUGAUCCAGAGGCUGCAUAUACAACAAGAGGUGGCAAGAUCCCAAUCAGGUGGACGGCACCGGAGGCCAUUGCCUACCGCAAGUUCACCUCAGCCAGCGAUGUAUGGAGCUACGGGAUUGUGCUGUGGGAAGUCAUGUCCUAUGGAGAGAGGCCUUAUUGGGAGAUGUCCAAUCAGGAUGUUAUCAAAGCAGUUGACGAGGGCUACCGACUCCCUCCACCCAUGGACUGCCCUGCGGCCCUGUACCAGCUGAUGCUGGACUGCUGGCAGAAGGACCGCAACAACCGGCCCAAGUUUGAGCAGAUUGUCAGCAUUCUGGACAAGCUCAUCCGCAACCCCAGCAGCCUGAAGAUUACAGCCAACACCACCUCCAGACCAGCCAACUUGCUCCUGGAUCGGAACAGCACAGAUAUCACCUCCUUCCGCACCAUGGGCGACUGGCUAGAGAGUGUGAGGACACUACCUUGCAAGGAGGCCUUCAGUGGGGUCAGCUACAGCUCGUGUGAUACUCUGGCCAAGACCUCAGCAGAAGACUUCAAGAAAAUUGGUGUAACCAUCGUUGGACCUCAGAAGAAGGUUGUGAGCAGCAUCAAAGCACUUGAAACACACACAAAGGACGGCCCCGUUCCUGUGUAA